CGGCGGAGGAGGAGUACCGGGACAGCGGCACCGCCAACUGGGGGGAGGGGAGGGAGAGACUGGAGCCCCGGAGCCGGGGGACGUUACCGGAGAACAGGGGACAUGGUCUACCUACCUGGACUACCUACCUCCACCUGGACCAGUCUGCACCACUGACCUGCAACUCCUUCCUGACCCGGGGCGAUUCACGCGAUUCCCAGAUUACAAUGCCAGACUCACCGGCUGAUGUGAAGACCCAGACGAGGACCACGCCGCCCACCAUGCCCCCUCCAUCACCUGCACUGAGCCAAGGGACCAACCGCACUUCCUCCUACACCCCAAGCACAAUGAUGAACGGGAGCAGCCACUCCCCCACCGCCAUCAAUGGAGCCCCGUCCACCCCCAAUGGUUUCAGCAACGGACCCUCCGCGUCGUCCUCCGCCGCACUAACCAAUCAGCAGCUGCCCCCGGCCUGCGGAGCCCGGCAGCUCAGCAAACUCAAGCGCUUCCUGACGACGUUACAGCAGUUUGGCAGCGACAUCUCUCCGGAGAUCGGGGAGCGGGUGCGGGCGCUGGUGCUGGGACUGGUGAAUUCCACUCUCACCAUUGAAGAAUUUCACUCCAAACUGCAAGAGGCGACCAACUUCCCGCUCCGCCCCUUCGUCAUCCCCUUCCUAAAGGCUAACCUUCCACUUCUGCAGCGGGAGCUUCUUCACUGCGCCCGCUUGGCAAAGCAAAGCCCGGCCCAGUACCUGGCACAGCAUGAACAGCUGCUCCUGGACACCAGCACCAGCAGCUCCCCCAACGACGCCUCUGAGCACCUCCUACUGGAAGUGAAUGAGAACGGCAAGAGGCGGACACCUGACAGGACCAAAGAGAACGCACAGGAAGGUCUCCACCCGGAUCACCUUGCCAAGCGGCCAUGCACCACAAGCCCCGCCCAACGAUACAGUCCCAGCAAUGGACUCCUCCACCCGCCCACCAAUGGACUCCCGCACCCCACCCCGCCUCCUACUCAGCACUACCGCUUGGAGGACAUGGUGCUGGCCCAUCACUACCGGCAUACAGACCCUCGGGAACUGCGAGAUCGACAUCGGCAGGCAGCUGUGCAUGAGGUCAUCGAUCACCGGCUGACGGAACGCGAGUGGGCAGAAGAGUGGAAACAUCUCAACAAUCUGUUAAACUGCAUUAUGGAUAUGGUGGAGAAAACCCGGCGCUCGCUGACGGUCCUCCGCCGCUGCCAGGAAGCGGACCGAGAAGAACUCAACCACUGGAUACGGCGCUACAGCGACGCCGAGGACCUGAAAAAGAACGUCAGCUCCGUGGCUCAGCCGGCGCGACAUCACAACAGCUCCUCGAGCACCGAGUCCUCACCAGCAGAGCCAUCGAGGGAUUUCCUACAUCGGCCGCCGCCGGCUGGCUAUAUGCCGGAGGAGAUCUGGAGGAAGGCAGAGGAGGCGGUGAACGACGUCAAGCGGCAGGCCAUGUCCGAACUGCAGAAGGCCGUGUCGGAAGCGGAGCGCAAGGCUCACGACCUCAUCACUUUAGAGAGAGCCAAAAUGGAGCGAGCGCUGGCGGAGGCAAAGCGGCAAGCAUCGGAGGACGCCGUCUCUGUCAUCAACCAGCAGGAGGACACAAGUGAGAGUUGUUGGAACUGCGGCCGGAAAGCAAGUGAGACCUGCAGCGGCUGCAACACGGCGCGUUACUGCGGCUCUUUCUGCCAACACAAAGACUGGGAGAAACAUCAUCACGUCUGCGGCCAAUCCCUGCACCACCCUCCCAGCGCACCACCAGCACCAACCACCCCCGCCACACCUGCAGCCAGCCCCACCGCAAGCAGCUCCGCCUCUCGAUCUGGGACUCCCGCCACACCUCUUCUGUUAGAUACAGCCUCGCGCUAAACAGAGACCUCCCGCGAUAUAAUAAUAAUAAUAGGAGGACGGAAACCAACCACUACGACACACAGCGACUGGUCAGCCUCGCUAAGUGUCCGUCAAGACUUUACCUAAACCCCGCCUCUCGUGUCUCUUUCUGGGCGGGGCUAGGACCUGCAUGUCAGUGUGGUUUCGGUUUUGGCCCAUAUGAAACUAAAUAUCACAAAAAGGGGCCUCCUAAUGUCGGAAUGAAUAUCCCGAGGAGGGGAGGUGAAGAAGAUCGCGGAUUGGGGGAUGUGUUUUUUUUUUUUUGUUUUUUUUAAAGAACUGCUUUCAAAUCUUUGGCUUUAAAUGAAAUUGAAAUCCAAAAAAGAAAACCAUAAAAACCAGAUAUACAAAUUAAACUACCUUGCUAGACAGCCAAGAAAUGUCCAACACCAAGAACACCUCGUAAAGAGAAAUCCAAAAAUAACGAAAAACCCAAACUUUUUUUUUUUUGCCAGCCCUGCCAAAGCUCGGUCCGUCAUGGCGGGAGGAAGGGGAGGGAACUUCCUGGAGUUAAAAAAAAAAGCGGGAAACUGCAAAGGAUUCUGGGAGCUUCAGCAUGAGGAAGGACACCUUAUUCUAACCAAUGCUAAAGAAGAAGAAGUGCUCCAAAGAGGCACCAACCGGUGCUGCACUUCCAGAUGGACCUCCUCCUACCUACCUCUCCUGUAGCAGGCGCCUCCCGCGUUGCUCGGCUGUUCAGGACUCCCCCGACGCCCCUCGUUCCAGUCCUUGGAUUUGUGUGCAGAGGGAAUAAGAAGACCACCAGAGAUUACGGCUCCUGUCCCCGUUGACAUUUAUGUGUAUAGGUGUCUUCACUCCAACCAACCAACCAACCUCUGCUGGGGCCCCUCGAUGGGCCUGCAGAAAUAACCCCAAAUAUCAUUAUUUAUUAGACAGUCAUGGACAACACGCCCCUCGGGGGCGGGGACUGGUGGGAGGUGACUUCCAGGGCUCCGCCUGGACCACAGACUUCAGCCCACGUUUGGCAAGAUUGUACAGUUUUUUUUUUUGUUUUUUUUUCUAUUUAUAAAAGCAAAAUGAAGAAUUCCCGUGUAGGGGACACGAGUGCAAUAUAAAAAGUGCGAGGCUACUGAUGGAUGGAUGGAUGGGGGGAGGGGAGGGAGCUGCAAAUUUAUGUCGACGUAAAAAAAAAAAAAAUAACGUGAAAAUAAAGUGGGUGGGGCAGGAAAAUGUCAGCGCCACGCAGAGAUGAACGGCGGCAGGAAUGUGAAAAUGAAGCUCUUAUGGUGUUUUGUAGUAAUAGAAUGCAAUAGGCGUAGAGAUGUACAGUAAGCUAUAGCAACCAAUCAUAGACCACGUGUUUUAGCCCGCCCCCUUCUAAGGCUUGAAAGCUGAUUGGUUGCUCUUGGUUACUUUGUGCCAUGCUCUUUGCACUGUAGAUGGAAAAUGUGAUUAGUUGCCAUUAAUAAUACAGUUCUACCUUCAGAA